AUGGGCAAAACAUUCUCGUCGAUUCAAUUUGAAGAAUGUCAUCGAGAUACUUCAGCUUAUGGUCAGUUCUAUUCGUCGUUGGACAAGCAACAGAUACUUCGUUCAAUCGACAUAGCUUCAAUCAAUGUACGACUUGGAAUUCAACUGGAAUUACUUUUGCUAGUAGUUCCUCAUUGGAUGGACCCCUUGGUUGAAAAAUGGAAUUUCAAUACAAGUACCAGUGCUUCUGCAACGACCGUUAGUUCUUACUGUUCCGGUCUCUUCAUCGAUAUUAAUGAUACAUUAUAUUGUUCCGUCUAUCUAAUUAAUAAGGUUGUAAAGCGAUGGCUGUACGACAGUACAUUAGGAACUAUAGACGUCCCAGGAAGUAGCACACUUUAUAACCCUCGCGGUAUUUUUGUUGAUACUAACUUCGAUUUAUACGUGGUUGAUUGCGGAAACAAUCGAAUUCAGCUAUUUCAAUUUGGAGCACAGACAGGAAUCACGAUUGCAGGAAACUCAUCACCAAAUCCUACGAUUACACUCAAUUGGCCUAGUGAUAUUUUCGUAGAUCUUGAUCAUUAUUUAUUUAUUGUCGAUAGUGGUAAUAACCGAAUUAUUAGAUCAAGUCGAAAUGGUUUUCAUUGCAUCAUCGGAUGCAGUGGAGGUGUUUUAUCGUCCACUCACUUGUCAGAUCCUCGUCGAAUGGCUUUCGAUAGCUAUGGCAACAUCUAUGUUACGGAUUAUGGCGCUCGUUGCGUCCUAAAAUUCUUGUUGUCGAAUGACCUAUGUAGUAAGUAUCAAACAGUUCGAUCAAUGCAGCAGAAUUUAACAAUUUCAAAAUGA